CCGAGCUCUCCCGAGGUUGACAAACCACUGUGUUCAUUACCAACAAGACCCAGGACAGGAGAGUGCAAAGGCGGCUAUGAGUAGUCCCAGUGCCAAGCCAACAUGUCUGUCACAACCUGUGGUGAAGAGUGUGAUGGUGUAUCGCAAUGGAGACCCUUUCUUCCCUGGCCGACGUGUUGUUAUCCAUGAGAAGAAAGUGUCCAGUUUUGAUGUCUUUCUAAAGGAAGUGACAGGUGGCGUGAAUGCUCCUUUUGGAGCUGUGCGGAAUAUUUAUACACCCCGUGGUGGACAUCGCAUUCGUCAGCUAGAUGAGAUUCAAAGUGGAGAGCACUACGUUGCAGGUGGUAGAGAAGCUUUCAAAAAACUAAAUUAUUUGGAUAUUGGAGAGCCAAAGAAAAGACCUGCAGAAAUUAAUAACGAGUUAUCUCUGGAAGAUGUGAAGCCAGUUACCCACAGCAGAAUUAAUGUGUCUGCACGCUUUCGAAAACCUCUUCAGGAGCCAUGUACUAUAUU